UCCCAUUUCUUCUUCUUCACCCGGUUCUUCUUCUUCACAGAGUAUGGUUUCGUUCUUCUUCUUCUAGUUUCGUAUUUUUUUCUUUAUCUUGUAAGUGGAUUAACCGAGCCACCACGAACCAAUCUCUGCCACAACUAUUUCUUCGGGAAACACCACGGUGAAUUUAUUGAUUGAAUAGAAGGAUUUUUAACUCAUCUUUUUUGGCCCCACUGCUGAAAUUAGUAAAUGAUGUUGCCUUGAACCUUGAACUUAUUAUUGAGAGUGGGAUGCAAAGAAAAGCUCAGUUGUGAAACAUGAUGGAUGAAAGGAAAUUGAAUAUUAAUGCUCCUCUUAUGUCUGUGAGGCACUCUUCUGGUCCAUCACCAUCCUUAACUGAAGCAAAGAGAAAGAUAUUAGAGAAGCAACAAGCUCUUCCAUUCUAUAAGUCAGAUACAACCUUAGAUCAGAUAACAGAACCUGUUGCAGUGCCUUUCAAUUGGGAGCAUAUCUCUGGAAGACCCAAGGGUAAUGGUGGAUCUGAACCUCGACCUCUUGAGGAGGCUUCAAUUACUCCAAACCCAUGUCUUCCCCCUGGAAAGUCCACAAAUGUUGCUAAACAGCCAUUGGAAAAGGAAUGUAAUGUUGCAAAUAAAUUCAGGUCCUCAAGUAAAUCAAACUCUUUGAGUGACAGUGUAAGUAAAAUAGAUUGUGAUAAAGAAGGAAAAGAUGAGAAAAUAAAAAAUAUGGAAGAGGAUGAUGAUGAUGUUUUUUAUUCUGAUGCCCUUGAAACCUUGUCACCUACAGAAUCAUUCUCUACGAACUGUAGUGUAAGUGGUGUAAGCAGCUUAGAUAAUUUGGAUGCAAACAAGUCUAGAUAUUGUGCCUAGAUACAAAACUUGCCCUUUGCUAUUGGAAGAAAUCUAACAGAAAAAUAUGUAUCAAGCUGUUAAGAAAA